CCGAGGAGGGGCGAUCAAAUCUCCAGAGCAACAGGAUACCGCAUAGAAACGGACUACGAGACGCGCCACGGUGACUGUCUACGUUUCGGAACCCUCAACUGCCGCUCGCUCGCUUCCCGAUGCAGCAAAAAGAGCAAUUGCUCGCGGCAAACCGAAACGCACUCAUCGACAUAG